GUUCCGCGUGUAGGAGAAGGAGAAGGAUCUGCAUCUGCAUCUGCAUCUACCCCCUCAGCAGGACGAGGUAGUCCAGUUGUUCCACCAGUUCCGAUUACAAGAAGUACAACAUUUUUUUCGGUGAUAGGAAACGAGCCACCUGCAAUGCAUAUGCAAUCGUCUGCUUCUCUGCUCGCAUCUUCAAGGAUAACAAUAACUUCUAUUUACAAUCCUUUUCGUCCUCAGACACCUAUCACGGCAAUGCCACCGCCUCCGAGGACACUUAUCACGGCAUCACCACAACAGCCAGCUAACGGGCAACACCAGCAUGCUGGAGUUGAAGGAGGUGACGAAGAUGCCUCAUCCAGUUCCUCUUCCUCUAUCAUUUCCUCUACUUCAAGUGAUGCCACACGAUCAUCUUUUGGUGCGCCUCUGGCUCCGACGAACGCCAGAACACUAGCGACAGAAGCAGCGGCAGCAUCGGCAAGAACACUACUGACAGAAGCAGCAGCAGCAUCGGCAAGAAAUCAGCAAAUUCAUCGUGCAGCUAGGAUUCCGAUACCCCAACAUCAACAAGUAACAAGAAACACUUUGAGAAGAACGUCCACGUCGACAAAAACCAGCAAUGAUUAAGGCCUCUGCUUCUAAAAAUCCAUCUUCCAGAACAUCGUGCUCUUGGCUCGUCCGUUUCACUUGUAGAGAAAACGGGCUCCCUGAGUUUACAUUUAGAAGCUCUUUGGAAAGAAGAUAGAUGGACUUUCAACCAUAGUUCUAAAAUGUGACCCCACCACCGCUACCAACAGACAGAGACCCAUUCGACACCCUGAUCGCGAGAUAUGACGAACAACGUGGAUUGUGGUGCUUUCUGGCCGGUCCGCAGAGUUGGAAUGGCGGCUCAGACGUGGUUCCGGAUAUAUGGAUGCGACAGGGAUGGAGAUCAGAUGGUCUACGAGACAAUCCUCUAGGUCAAGCUGACAACUAUAUCCCUGCCCGCAUUCACAAUGACGACAACAAAGCUUCGCUUUUCGUGCACUGGCUGGUGUCUGGGAAGAUCGAGUUUGAGGAGAAGAUGAGCACGGUGGGGCUCUUGGCGAAUGCAUCAGGAUCAGAGACAAAAAAUGGUAAUGGUGAUGGUCGUGGAGGUAGUACCACUACGACAACAGGAGGUGGCCGAGAAGAAAUUAUAGGAGAUGAUCCACCAGGAUUGAUGCAAGAACAUCAGGAGGUGGAAGAUGAAGUACAUGAUCAGGAUGGAUUUCGUGUCCGCUUGCUAGAUGAAUUAGUUCAAGACCAUGACCAUGUUGAUCCGACAGAGGAUUUUGAGAAUGCGUAUGGAGAAUGGGUCUCGUGGCCAGCAGGAACUAAUACAACUAGGGAUCAAGACUAUGGUCGUGUGCAGUCACUGUCAUGGCCAACCGCUUUAUUUCAGUCAACAUCCAAGAACGUCCAUGACAAUGCACUUGUGCCGCAAGAAUCAGACUCCUUCGAGACUUUCUUCGCGCGUUUUUUGGGACAUUAUGCAAAUUCACGAGGACAACACUGCCGACAGUAGUACUUACUUAUGUGUAUGACUGCUCGAGACGACUUAAAUACCCAUGCCUAUUUUCACAGUGCAAAAUUUUCGCCAUUCAUGAAUCGCCUCGUUCAUUCUGAUUUUUCUUGGAUGAGCACCCAGUACACCUUGCUUUCUGAGGCGCCG